GCAUGUGGUUAGCUGGGCAAUGGACAGUGGUUGUUUACGUAUAGGAUGCAUCCCCACCACAGACCAUAGAAGUAGCCUACAGACCCUUAGGAGUGCACAUCAGCGAAAGCAGUAGGAUUUGUUUUGCAUUCGGUUUAUCUGAAACGGGGCGUGUUGUCAGUCAGUAUGGGUUUCGUUUUCUUGCGCUUCACGUGUGUCCCUCGUGUGUUUUCGCCAUUACUUAGGCUACCUCCCGACAGACGCUUUUAUUUUUACAGACAUCUCGACGCAGGAACACCAUGCACGCACAACGGGAUCGGAUCUCUGUCCAAUGGCUGCUGAUCUUCUUCCUUGCUGGCUCCUCAGCCUCCCCGUCCCGGUUCUUCCAGGUGUCGUACCACGUGGGCCACAAGGCCGUCUUGCCCUGCAACUGGACAUCCUUCAUGGAGGGCUCGCCUUCCCCCCUGAGCGCCUACCUGACGUGGCAGACGCCCGAGGAGAGCGUGUUCGAGAUGCUGGGUGCGGCGCGCUUUGAAGGAAAGGGCUACGAGGGCCGGGUAGAGGUGCUCCAGCAGGGGUUCGAGCACGGCGACUGCUCCCUGUGUCUCAGGGAGCUGAGGUUCUCCGACGCUGGGCUCUACGAGAGCUUCGUCGCCGUGGGAGACGGGAGGACGAGGUCCUUCAUCCGGAGCGUCCAGCUGGCCGUCAGGGACCACAAGUACCGAGAAUCUCUGCGAGAGGGAGGGGACCUCGUACUGAAACUCCACACCCCUGAAGCCAUGACAGUGGUUUUCCAAGGGAGUGGGCAGCCGGAGUGGGGCGUCGUGUGGGAGAGAGGUGCCCAGGAGGGGAGCAGGGGAGUUCUGAAUGGGGAUAAGGAGCUGAUCAUCACGGGGGUGCAGAUGAAGGAUGCAGGAACCUACAAAGUGAUGGACUCACAAGGGCUGGCAAUAAGCACAGUGCAUCUCCGCGUGACAGAAAUCCCCAAGAUCCAUAAGCCGAUCAGGAGGGAACAUUAUGAAACACAAGGUGGCAAAGAUGCCCAUUCGGGUGUGUGUAGCGUGGGUGCCACAGCUUUGCUCAUCCUGGCCUCCCUCCUGUUCUCCAGCCUUUGAGGUCUCUUUCA